AUGUCUGACGCGAUCGAGUCGUCCAAGCUACCGUCUGCAACAGAAUCUGAUGUCACAUCGGCCAAUUCGCCGGUCUCAAUGAGUCCGCCUCUUCCAAUGCGUCAUCAGGGCCACUCAACUGGCACCGAUAAGCGUGCUUCAGAUGAUUACACGUGGGAUCAUCCUCCGGCAUUACCGCAUAGGCCACCUCGUUCGAAGAAGUACGGCCUGCAGCGUGUGUCCACGGAAGACUUUGAGCUCACCACGCCAAUCGGGUCUCCAAGAGACCUGGAACCGGGCACACAUUCAAGGUCGCCUGCUGGGCUUGCUUCCGAUACUAGAAGCCUUCAGCAGAGAACUCUAGAUCUCCUGCUUGAAAACCAGACUUCCCGAGUGGUGGGUCUGUUCUACGAGCUGCCGGAAGACCUAAAAAUUUCCGACAACGAAUAUUACACCCAAUUGAAUGCACAAGAUCAUAUGAUAGAGGUGAGAAGCGAAGUGGAGGCCAGAAACUUCGACAACCCGGACCAGCUCACGGUGUACAGGCUUUGGCUGAAAAGCAUGAAGCUGAAGAAACUUGGCGCCGUCACCGCAAAUAAUCCGGAACUGCUAGCGCAACUCGAGUCGCUAGAAAUCGAAACCGAAUCUAUUUUCCCCCAAUUGGCGUCUGUCUGCGGCAAACUAGGGACAAAGACGCUGCCGCCUUUGGUUACACUCGUGCACAGCCGUCUCCUGGACCCCGAAAUCGCGUUUGUUCUUGCCCAACUGUAUAGCAAGAUAGACAUGACCAGAUGGGUGUUUAUGGUUCUGCGCUCCAUAGAAAGGACAGACGCGUCGAUAUUGAUCAACUGGCACCAGCAACACGAGGACGUCGCGGAUUAUGUCCAGAGACAGCUGGAGAGCGCAAAGUUUUGGAGACAGCUGACGGCACAGGAGCUAGAUUUGGUGGCCCACAGGGUGGUAAUCUACGGGUUUGACUCUAUUGUCGGGGAUGUUGCUAGUAUGCUGUGUGGCGGAAGGCCAAAGAGCAGUAUAGAGAGCCAGCUCAUAUGGGACGACCACGAGUAUGAGCUAUUAAAUGAGCCGGUCAGAGAGCCCCACGACCUGCUCCGUGAGCAGAAUAAGUUGCACAAAUUACAGGUGGAACUGGAGACAAAGAGGAGACAGUACACGGAGUUGCUCAAUAACUACAAGCAGCUGAACGAAGAGCGAUUUAGUAACCAAACAAUGAUCAAAAAGCUGGAAGCGAACAACGGACAGCUGAGGUUGAAGCGGAACGAGUGCGAACGGAAGCUUAAUGCACAACUGUCCAAUUUCGAGGUGAUUAAGGUGAACAAUGAGAAAAACGCAGAAAUAGACAAAAUGAACCAGAAACUGCGAAUGGACAUCGACAAUGUACAAAGUGAGCUAGCGGAGCUGAGGGCCAAGAAAUUGAGGCACUAG